AUUUAAAACUGAUGUGAAGACUGUAGUAAAAUAUGAAAAAGAAAAAAAAAAUUACGUAGUGAAAGGUAAAUAUACACUCAGAGAUUGAGCAGAACUCUGCAACCCUCUGUAUCUCAAUCGUUUGGGAAUUCUAUUUCACGUGAAAUUUUUUUCACUUCAAGUUUCUUAUAAGAAGGAGAUUGCAAAUUAGCUAGGCAGAGAGAAAAAAAAAUGAGGAGUUUCAAGUGCAUAGCAGGAAUCCUCUUCCUCUGCAUUUUCACAACAUCGUUUAAAGCUAACGCUGACGACUCCCAUCAUUAUGAGUGGAUUGUCAGUCUUUCUGAUCGAGCUCCUCUGGGUGUUAACAAACAGGUGAUCGUAAUCAACGAUCAGUUCCCAGGACCACUCUUGAACGCUACAACCAACGAUGUUGUGAAUAUUAAUAUCCAUAACAACUUGAGUGAUCCUUUUCUGAUGACAUGGAAUGGAGUGCAGCUUAGGAGGAAUUCGUGGCAAGAUGGAGUGGAAGGGACCAACUGCCCCAUUCAGCCUGGAUUUAAUUGGACGUACAGUUUUCAGAUUAAGGAUCAGAUUGGGAGUUUCUUUUACUACCCUUCACUUUUGCUGCAGAAAUCUGCUGGUGGAUAUGGUGCUAUUCGCGUGAACAAUCGUGAUGUUAUUCCCAUUCCAGAUAUUGAUGUGCUCAUUGGAGAUUGGUAUAAUGCAGAUUACCAGGACUUGAGGACUUCCCUUGAUAACGGGAAAUCUUUGCCCUCGCCUGAUGGAAUUCUCAUCAAUGGACUUGGACCUAAUCAAGCAGUUUUGGAUUUUGAACCAGGGUUUACCUACAGGCUAAGAAUUUCAAAUGUAGGCUUGAAAGCAUCCUUGAAUUUCAGAAUUUAUGGUCAUAUUCUGCGUUUGGUGGAGACAGAAGGGUCCUACAUUGUUGAACAAUACUUGGAUAGUUUAGACAUCCAUGUUGGCCAAUCUUACUCAGUCCUAGUCACGGCAAAGAACACCAGUGGGGAGUCUUAUUACAUGGUUGCUAGUUCUCGCUUCACCGAUACUGAACUUUUUGGUGUCGGUAUCGUUCGCUAUCCAGAUUCUGCAGGGGAUCCUGAUGGUCCCCUUCCCUUGGGACCAUUCUUCAGGGAUUAUCAGUUCUCCCUUGAUCAAGCUCGCUCGAUGAGAUGGGACUUGUCAGCAGGAGCUGCUAGGCCAAAUCCCCAAGGUUCCUAUCACUACGGAAGCAUCAAUGUGUCACGUACACUGGUCCUUGAGAAUGGUGUGAUGUUUGAUGGAAACAAAGAGGUGUUCACGAUCAAUGGGGUGUCGUUUCUGCAGCCAGACACGCCACUAAAGCUGGCAGACUACUUCCAAAUCAGCGAUGUGUUCAAGCCUGGAGUCAUUUCUGACAGACCAAAUCCAAACAAUUCCCCGGUAUUUGGGACAUCAGUUAUUUAUGCUAAUGACCACGAGUUUUUCCAUAUUGUAUUCCAAAAUCCUUCUGAGUAUUUGCAGUCAUGGCAUCUUGAUGGCUAUAACUUUUUUGUAGUUGGCAUGGAUGUUGGUAUGUGGGAUGAGAGCAAAAAUGCAACAUAUAAUAUGAUUGAUGCUGUUUCUCGUUCCACUGUUCAGGUUUAUCCAUUCUCGUGGACAGCAAUAUUGGUGAAGUUGGAUAACAGAGGAAUGUGGAAUCUGAGAUCACAGGAUGCAGUGAACUCCUAUCUCGGACAACAGCUCUACAUAAGAGUCGAAGGUACAGAGACGGACCCAUCAAAAGUUUCUGCAAGAGAUGAAGCUCCAAUUCCUGAAAAUGCAAUUUUAUGUGGAAGGACUGUUUACCAUGAUUAUGUUCUUUAGAUUUUUUUUAUUUGUAUAGGUAAAAUUAGAGAUUAAAAUUUUGGGAUUUCAGUAGAAAAGUUGGUUUUAUGGAUUUAAAUUUAAUAAUCUUUAAUUUUUUUUACUCUAAUAUAUGCAGCAUAGAAUUUUGAUUGAAA